AUGUUCAUGGACGAUGACUUCCAGAAAGCAGUGGGGAAUAAAGACGUCGAAGUACUCGGCUCCAUUUACGUCCGAACGACGUCUUUGAGGUGGAGGAGUGGGGACAAGACUGUGCGUGAGCUUCUCAGGUCGGCUAAGCCGCGCGCCGUUCCGGGCGAUUCACCAGGGCUAAAAGAACGACGCUGGUGGGAUGGCCUGCGGGCAAAGAUCGAUACCGGAUGGAGCUCCGGUGUGGGAGUAGACGUACAGAGAACUACGCUCAGCGGAGGAGACGACGUGUCAACUAGGGGUCUGGUUGAUGAGGCGGGUGACGGGGGUGGAGGUGACGGGGAUGGAGAAGCUUAUAAGCAGUGGCAGACGGCAGUCAGACCAUCGGUGUUGUGCAAACCCAUAGAAAGCACUUUCAUCCCCAAACGAUCCUCCGUCCAAGUCACACAAGCCGUCAGUCCGGCCGAGAAUACGGCGUCAACAUGGACCCACUUUCUAUCGGGACCGGCGUUCUAG